GCGAGCCACAAACCCGGAGCCCGCGCCCUCGAGCUCAGCGCACAGCCUGCCUGCCCCGUCGGCCCUGUUGCACCUUGUGCCGUGGGCACCUCCUCGGGCCUCCUCCCUGUGCCCCGCCCGCUGCCCUCGACUCACCGGCAGCCAUGGUGGCUGGCAUGCUCAUGCCGCUGGACCAGCUGAGGGCCAUUUACGAGGUGCUCUUCCGAGAGGGUGUGAUGGUGGCCAAGAAGGACCGGCGGCCCUGCAGCCUGCACCCCCACGUGCCAGGCGUCACCAACCUGCAGGUCAUGCGUGCCAUGGCCUCCCUGCGGGCGCGGGGCCUGGUACGGGAGACUUUUGCCUGGCGCCACUUUUACUGGUACCUCACCAACGAGGGCAUUGCUCACUUGCGCCAGUACCUGCACCUGCCACCGGAGAUCGUGCCUGCCUCUCUGCAGCGUGUGCGCCGCCCUGUCGCCAUGGUGAUGCCUGCGCGCCGCACCCCCCACAUGCAGGCCAUACAGGGUUCCCUGGGAUGCCCGCCCAAGCAGGGGCCAUUGCCAGCUGAGGACCCUGCCCGUGAGGAGCGGUGGGUCUACCGCCGGAAGGAGCCUGAGGAGAGGGCAUCUGAGUCCCCUGUGGUGCCUGCCACCACCACAGGGACUCUGGCGAGGCCUGGCCCGGAGCCUGCCCCAGCCACAGAUGAGCGGGACCGCGUGCAGAAGAAAACCUUCACCAAGUGGGUCAACAAACACCUCAUCAAGGCCCAGAGGCACAUCAGUGACUUGUACGAAGACCUCCGUGAUGGCCACAACCUCAUCUCUCUCCUGGAGGUGCUCUCAGGGGACAGCCUGCCCCGGGAGAAGGGGAGGAUGCGCUUCCACAAGCUGCAGAACGUUCAGAUCGCCCUGGACUAUCUCCGGCACCGCCAGGUGAAGCUGGUGAACAUCAGGAACGAUGACAUCGCUGACGGCAACCCCAAGCUGACCCUCGGCCUGAUCUGGACGAUCAUCCUGCACUUCCAGAUCUCAGACAUCCAGGUGAGCGGGCAGUCGGAGGACAUGACGGCCAAGGAGAAGCUGCUGCUGUGGUCCCAGCGCAUGGUGGAGGGCUACCAAGGCCUGCGCUGUGACAACUUCACCUCCAGCUGGCGCGAUGGCCGCCUCUUCAACGCCAUCAUCCACCGGCACAAGCCUAUGCUUAUCGACAUGAACAAGGUGUAUCGUCAGACCAACCUGGAGAACCUGGACCAGGCCUUUUCCGUGGCAGAGCGGGAUCUGGGGGUGACCCGGCUCCUGGACCCUGAGGACGUGGACGUCCCUCAGCCCGACGAGAAGUCCAUCAUCACCUACGUCUCGUCCUUGUAUGAUGCCAUGCCCCGUGUGCCUGACGUGCAGGACGGGGUGAAGGCCAACGAGCUGCAGCUGCGCUGGCAGGAGUACCGGGAGCUGGUGGUGCUGCUGCUGCAGUGGGUCCGGCAGCACACAGCUGCCUUCGAGGAGCGCCGCUUCCCUUCCAGCUUCGAGGAGAUCGAGAUCUUGUGGUGCCAGUUCCUGAAGUUUAAGGAGACAGAGCUUCCAGCCAAGGAGGCGGAUAAGAACCGGUCCAAGGGUAUCUUCCAGUCCUUGGAGGGGGCAGUACAAGCAGGCCAGCUCAAGGUGCCCCCGGGCUACCACCCACUGGAUGUGGAAAAGGAGUGGGGCAAGCUGCACGUGGCUAUCCUGGAGCGGGAGAAGCAGCUCCGCAGCGAGUUUGAGAGGCUGGAGUGUCUUCAGCGUAUCGUCAGCAAACUGCAGAUGGAGGCCGGGCUGUGCGAGGAGCAGUUGAACCAGGCCGACGCCCUACUGCAGUCGGAUGUCCGGCUGCUGGCUACAGGCAAGGCACCACAGCGAGCGGGCGAGGUGGAGCGGGACCUGGACAAGGCGGACGGCAUGAUCCGGCUGCUGUUUAACGAUGUGCAGACCCUCAAGGAUGGGCGGCACCCGCAGGGCGAGCAGAUGUAUCGCAGGGUGUACCGCCUGCACGAGCGCCUGGUGGCCAUCCGCACUGAGUACAACCUGCGUCUGCGGAGCGCACCAAGGCACCCCGAGCUUGAGGACGCCACGCUGCGCUACCUGCAGGACCUGCUGGCCUGGGUGGGGGAGAACCAGCGCCGGGUGGACAGCGCCGAGUGGGGCGUGGACCUGCCCAGCGUGGAGGCGCAGCUGGGCAGCCACCGCGGCCUGCACCAGUCCAUCGAGGAGUUCCGGGCCAAGAUCGAGCGGGCGCGAACUGACGAGGGCCAGCUCUCCCCGGCUACCCGGGGCGCCUACCGAGACUGCCUAGGUCGGCUGGACCUGCAGUAUGCCAAGCUGCUAAACUCCUCCAAGGCCCGCCUCAGGUCCCUAGAGAGCCUGCAUGGCUUUGUGGCAGCUGCCACCAAGGAGCUGAUGUGGCUGAGCGAGAAGGAGGACGAGGAGGUGGGCUUCGACUGGAGCGAGCGCAGCACCAACACGGCCGCCAAGAAGGACAGCUACUCGGCCCUGAUGCGCGAGCUGGAGCUGAAAGAAAAGAAAAUCAAGGAGAUCCAGAACACCGGCGACCGCCUGCUUCGGGAAGACCACCCCGCCCGGCCCACAGUGGAGUCCUUCCAGGCAGCCCUGCAGACACAGUGGAGCUGGAUGCUGCAGCUGUGCUGCUGCGUGGAGGCGCACCUGAAGGAGAACACCGCCUACUUCCAGUUCUUCUCAGACGUGCGGGAGGCUGAAGAGCAGCUGCGGAAGCUGCAGGAGACGCUGCGCAGGAAGUACACCUGCGAUCGCUCCAUCACCGUCACUCGUCUUGAGGACCUGCUGCAGGAUGCCCAGGAUGAGAAGGACCAGCUGAACGAGUACAGGGGGCACCUCUCAGGCCUGGCCAAGCGGGCCAAGGCCAUCGUGCAGCUAAAGCCCCGCAGCCCAGCCCACCCUGUGCGGGGCCACAUACCGCUGCUGGCCGUGUGCGAUUACAAGCAGGUGGAGGUGACCGUGCACAAGGGUGAUGCGUGCCAACUGGUGGGCCCUGCGCAGCCGUUCCACUGGAAGGUGCUCAGCAGCUCUGGUGGCGAGGCCGCCGUGCCCUCCGUGUGCUUUCUCAUACCCCCACCCAACCAGGAGGCCCAGGAGGCCAUCGCCAGGCUGGAGGCUCAGCACCAGGCCUUGGUUGCGUUGUGGCAUCAGCUGCACACGGACAUGAAGAGCCUUCUAGCCUGGCAGAGCCUCAGCCGCGAUGUGCAGCUCAUCCGCUCCUGGUCGCUGGUCACGUUCCGCACACUGAAGCCAGAGGAACAACGCCAAGCCUUGCGCAGCCUGGAGCUGCACUACCAGGCCUUCCUGCGGGACAGCCAGGACGCUGGUGGCUUCGGGCCCGAGGACCGGCUGCAGGCCGAGCGCGAGUAUGGAUCCUGCAGCCGCCAUUACCAGCAGCUGCUGCAGAGCCUGGAGCAGGGCGAGCAGGAGGAGUCCCGCUGUCAGCGCUGCAUCUCCGAGCUCAAAGACAUCCGGCUCCAGCUGGAGGCCUGUGAGACGCGCACCGUGCACCGCCUGCGCCUGCCACUGGACAAGGAGCCCGCGCGGGAAUGUGCCCAGCGCAUCGCAGAGCAGCAGAAAGCACAGGCUGAGGUGGAGGGGCUGGGCAAGGGGGUCGCCCGCCUCUCUGCUGAGGCCGAGAAGGUCCUGGCCUUGCCUGAGCCGUCACCCGCUGCCCCAACUCUACGCUCAGAGCUGGAGCUGACCCUGGGCAAGUUGGAGCAGGUCCGCAGCCUGUCUGCCAUUUACCUGGAGAAGCUCAAGACCAUCAGCCUGGUGAUCCGCAGCACACAGGGGGCUGAGGACGUGCUCAAGGCCCACGAAGAGCAGCUCAAGGAGGCCCAGGCUGUGCCUGCCGCCCUCCCAGAGCUUGAGGCCACCAAAGCUGCGCUGAAGAAGCUGCGGGCCCAGGCGGAGGCACAGCAGCCUGUGUUUGAUGCCCUGCGGGACGAGCUGCGGGGGGCACAGGAGGUGGGUGAGCGGCUGCAGCAGCGGCAUGGCGAGCGGGACGUGGAGGUGGAACGCUGGCGUGAGCGGGUCACCCAGCUGCUUGAGCGCUGGCAGGCCGUGCUGUCCCAGACUGACGUGCGGCAGCGCGAGCUUGAGCAGCUGGGCCGCCAGCUGCGCUACUACCGUGAGAGCGCAGACCCGCUGGACUCCUGGCUGCAAGACGCCAAGCGGCGGCAGGAGCAGAUCCAGGCCGUGCCGUUGGCCAACAGCCGGGCUGUGCGAGAGCAGCUGCGGCAGGAGAAGGCGCUGCUGGAGGAGAUUGAGCGCCACGGGGAGAAGGUGGAGGAGUGCCAGAGGUUCGCAAAGCAGUACAUCAACGCCAUCAAGGACUACGAGCUCCAGCUGGUCACAUACAAGGCACAACUUGAGCCAGUGGCUUCCCCAGCCAAGAAGCCCAAGGUCCAGUCUGGGUCCGAGAGUGUCAUCCAGGAGUAUGUGGACCUGCGUACCCGUUACAGUGAGCUGACCACACUUACAAGCCAAUACAUCAAGUUCAUCAGUGAAACUCUGCGGCGCAUGGAGGAGGAGGAGAGGCUGGCUGAGCAGCAGCGGGCAGAGGAGCGGGAGCGCCUGGCUGAGGUGGAGGCCGCUCUGGAGAAGCAGCGGCAGCUAGCCGAGGCGCACGCCCAGGCGAAGGCACAGGCCGAGAGGGAGGCGCAGGAACUACAGCAGCGCAUGCAGGAGGAGGUGGCGCGCCGGGAGGAGGUGGCGGUGGACGCGCAGCAGCAGAAGCGCAGCAUCCAGGAGGAGCUGCAGCAUCUGCGGCAGAGCUCAGAGGCGGAGAUCCAGGCCAAGGCCCGGCAGGUGGAGGCAGCUGAACGCAGCCGCCUGCGCAUCGAGGAGGAAAUCCGCGUGGUGCGCCUCCAGCUGGAGGCGACUGAGCGCCAGCGCGGCGGGGCUGAGGGUGAGCUGCAGGCACUGCGUGCACGCGCGGAGGAGGCCGAGGCGCAGAAGCGGCAGGCCCAGGAGGAGGCGGAGCGCCUGCGGCGGCAGGUGCAAGAUGAGACCCAGCGCAAGCGGCGGGCGGAGGCCGAGCUGGCCCUGCGCGUGCAGGCGGAGGCCGAGGCAGCUCGUGAAAAGCAGCGGGCCCUGCAGGCGCUGGAGGAGCUGCGGCUGCAGGCCGAGGAGGCGGAGCGGCGCCUGCGGCAGGCUGAGGCAGAACGCGCACGCCAGGUGCAGGUAGCCCUGGAGACCGCGCAGCGCAGCGCGGAGGCAGAGCUGCAGAGCAAGCACGCCUCUUUCGCGGAGAAGACGGCGCAGCUAGAGCGCACCCUGGAGGAAGAGCACGUAACCGUUGUGCAGCUGCGGGAGGAGGCCAUGCGGCGGGCGCAGCAGCAGGCCGAGGCCGAGCGCGCCCGCGAGGAGGCCGAGAGGGAGCUGGAGCGCUGGCAGCUGAAGGCCAACGAGGCGCUGCGGCUGCGGCUGCAAGCCGAGGAGGUGGCGCAGCAGAAGAGCCUGGCUCAGGCCGAGGCUGAGAAGCAGAAGGAAGAGGCGGAGCGGGAGGCGCGACGUCGUGGAAAGGCGGAGGAGCAGGCCGUGCGGCAGCGAGAGCUGGCUGAGCAGGAGCUGGAGAAGCAGCGGCAGCUGGCGGAGGGCACCGCGCAGCAGCGCCUGGCAGCGGAGCAGGAGCUGAUCCGGCUGCGGGCCGAGACGGAGCAGGGGGAGCAGCAGCGGCAGCUGCUGGAGGAGGAGAUGGCGCGCCAGCAGCGUGAGGCGGCCGCGGCCACACAGAAGCGCCAGGAGCUGGAGGCCGAGCUGGCCAAGGUGCGGGCUGAGAUGGAGGUGCUACUGGCCAGCAAGGCGCGAGCGGAGGAGGAGUCACGCUCCACCAGCGAGAAGUCCAAGCAGAGGCUGGAGGCUGAGGCCGGCCGGUUCCGCGAGCUGGCAGAGGAGGCCGCCCGCCUGCGUGCCCUGGCGGAAGAGGCCAAGCGGCAGCGGCAGCUGGCCGAGGAGGAUGCGGCGCGGCAGCGUGCGGAGGCAGAGCGGGUGCUUGCCGAGAAGCUGGCCGCCAUCAGCGAGGCCACACGGCUCAAGACUGAGGCGGAGAUCGCACUCAAGGAGAAGGAGGCGGAGAAUGAGCGCCUGCGGCGGCUGGCGGAAGACGAAGCCUUUCAGCGGCGGCGAUUGGAGGAGCAGGCGGCCCAGCACAAGGCGGACAUCGAGGAGCGGCUGGCGCAGCUGCGCAAGGCAUCAGAGACCGAGCUGGAGCGCCAGAAGGGGCUGGUGGAGGACACGCUGCGGCAGCGGCGGCAGGUGGAGGAGGAGAUUCUGGCCCUCAAGGCGAGCUUCGAGAAGGCAGCCGCUGGCAAGGCUGAGCUGGAGCUGGAGCUUGGGCGCAUCCGCGGCAACGCUGAGGACACGCUGCGCAGCAAGGAGCAGGCGGAGCUGGAGGCCGCGCGGCAGCGGCAACUGGCGGCAGAGGAAGAGCGGCGGCGCCGCGAGGCUGAGGAGCGUGUGCAGAAGAGCCUGGCGGCCGAGGAGGAGGCCGCGCGGCAGCGGAAGGCCGCACUGGAGGAGGUGGAGCGGCUCAAGUCCAAGGUGGAGGAGGCGCGGCGCCUCCGCGAGCGAGCGGAGCAGGAGUCCGCUCGGCAGCUGCAGCUGGCCCAGGAGGCCGCCCAGAAGCGGCUGCAGGCAGAGGAGAAGGCACACGCUUUCGCGGUGCAGCAGAAGGAGCAGGAGCUGCAGCAGACCCUGCAGCAAGAGCAGAGCGUGCUGGAGCGGCUGCGCGGCGAGGCCGAGGCGGCCCGGCGCGCGGCGGAGGAGGCGGAGGAGGCGCGGGAGCGGGCGGAGCGCGAGGCGACACAGUCCCGGCGGCAGGUGGAGGAAGCAGAGCGGCUGAAGCAGGCGGCGGAGGAGCAGGCCCAGGCGCAGGCCCAGGCGCAGGCCGCAGCGGAGAAGCUGCGCAAGGAAGCCGAGCAGGAGGCGGCGCGGCGGGCCCAAGCGGAGCAGGCGGCCCUGCGGCAGAAGCAGGUGGCUGACGCCGAGAUGGAGAAGCACAAGAAGUUCGCCGAGCAGACACUUCGGCAGAAGGCGCAGGUGGAGCAGGAGCUGACGGCGCUGCGGCUGCAGCUGGAGGAGACCGACCACCAGAAAAACAUCCUGGACGAGGAGCUGCAGCGGCUGAAGGCAGAGGUGACGGAGGCGGCCCGCCAGCGCAGCCAGGUGGAGGAGGAGCUGUUCUCCGUGCGCGUGCAGAUGGAGGAGCUGGGCAAACUCAAGGCCCGCAUCGAGGCGGAGAACCGCGCGCUCGUCCUGCGCGACAAGGACAACACGCAGCGCCUGCUUCAGGAAGAGGCCGAGAAGAUGAAGCAGGUGGCAGAAGAGGCCGCGCGGCUGACAGUGGCGGCCCAGGAGGCGGCGCGGCUGCGGCAGCUGGCAGAGGAGGACCUGGCGCAGCAGCGGGCUCUGGCGGAGAAGAUGCUCAAGGAGAAGAUGCAGGCAGUGCAGGAGGCCACCCAGCUGAAGGCGGAGGCAGAGCUGCUGCAGCAGCAGAAGGAGCUCGCCCAGGAGCAGGCACGGCGGCUGCAGGAGGACAAAGAGCAGAUGGCACAGCAGCUGGCACAGGAGACGCAGGGCUUCCAGCGGACCCUGGAGACGGAGCGGCAGCGGCAGCUGGAGAUGAGCGCUGAGGCUGAGCGGCUCAGGCUGCGCGUGGCCGAGAUGAGCCGGGCCCAGGCUCGAGCCGAGGGGGAUGCUCAGCGCUUCCGGAAGCAGGCUGAGGAGAUCGGCGAGAGGUUAUACCGCACAGAGCUCGCCACGCAGGAGAAGGUGACGUUGGUGCAGACGCUUGAGACCCAGCGGCAGCAGAGCGACCAGGACGCCGAGCGCCUGCGGGAGGCCAUCGCAGAGCUGGAACGCGAGAAGGACAAGCUCAAGCAGGAGGCUGAGCUGCUGCAGCUCAAGUCCGAGGAGAUGCAGACAGUGCAGCAGGAGCAGCUGCUGCAGGAGACGCAGGCCCUACGGCAGAGCUUCCUCUCCGAGAAGGACAGCCUGCUGCAGCGCGAACGCUUCAUUGAGCAGGAGAAGGCCAAGCUGGAGCAGCUAUUCCAGGAGGAGGUGGCCAAGGCGCAGAAGCUACGUGAGGAGCAGCAGCGGCAGCAGCAGCAGAUGGAGCAGGAGAAGCAGCAGCUUGUCGCCAGCAUGGAGGAGGCCCGGCGGCAGCAGCGCGAGGCGGAGGAGGGCGUGCGGCGCAAGCAGGAGGAACUGCAGCGCCUGGAGGAGCAGCGGCAGCAGCAGGAGAAGCUGUUGGCCGAGGAGAACCAGAGGCUGCGUGAGCGGCUGCAGCACCUGGAGGAGGAGCACCGGGCAGCGCUGGCACACUCGGAAGAGGUGCCUGCCUCGCAGGCCGCGGCCACAAAGGCCCUGCCCAAUGGCCGAGAUGCACUGGAUGGCCCAGCCACAGAGGCAGAGCCCGAGCACGCCUUCGAUGGCCUGCGGCAGAAGGUGCCGGCCCAGCAGCUGCAGGAGGUGGGCAUUCUGAGUGCAGAGGAGCUGCAGCGGCUGGUGCAGGGCCGCACCACUGUGGCUGAGCUCGAGCAGCGGGAGGACGUGCGCUGUUACCUGCAGGGCCGCAGCAGCAUCGCGGGGUUGCUGCUGCAGCCUUCCAACGAGAAACUGAGUGUCUACGCGGCCCUGCGGAGGCAGCUGCUGAGCCCAGGCACAGCCCUUAUCCUGCUUGAGGCCCAGGCGGCUUCAGGCUUCCUCCUGGACCCUGUGCGGAACAGGCAGCUGACCGUCAACGAGGCCGUGAAGGAGGGCGUCGUGGGCCCUGAGCUUCAUCACAAGUUGCUGUCAGCCGAGCGUGCUGUCACCGGCUACAAGGACCCCUACACCGGGGAGCAGAUCUCCCUGUUCCAGGCCAUGAAGAAGGACCUGAUCGUCAGGGAGCACGGCAUCCGCCUGCUGGAGGCCCAGAUUGCCACGGGCGGCGUCAUCGACCCGGUGCACAGCCACCGCGUGCCUGUGGACGUGGCCUUCCAGCGCGGUUACUUCGACGAGGAGAUGAGCCGCGUCCUGGAGGACCCCAGCGACGACACCAAGGGCUUCUUCGACCCCAACACACAUGAGAACCUCACCUACAAGCAGCUGCUGGAGCGCUGCGUGGAGGACCCUGAGACGGGCCUGCGGCUCCUGCCACUCACAGAUCAGGCUGCCAAGGGUGGUGAGCUGGUCUACACUGACUCGGAAGCCCGGGACGUGUUCGAGAAAGCCACUGUGUCUGCACCAUUUGGCAAGUUCCAGGGCAGAACGGUGACCAUCUGGGAGCUCAUCAACUCCGAGUACUUCACGGCGGAGCAGCGGCGGGACCUGCUCCGGCAGUUCCGCACAGGCAAGGUCACGGUGGAGAAGAUCAUCAAGAUCGUCAUCACGGUGGUCGAGGAGCACGAGCAGAGGGGCCAGCUCUGCUUCCAGGGCCUGCGCGCCCUGGUCCCCGCUGCUGAGCUGCUCGAGAGCCGGGUGAUUGACCGUGACCUCUACUGCCAACUGCAGCAGGGCAAGCGCUCAGUACAGGAAGUAGCCGAGGUGGAUGCAGUGCGGCGGGCCCUGCGGGGCUCCAGCGUUAUAGCGGGCGUGUGGCUGGAGGAGGCGGGUCAGAAGCUGAGCAUCUACGAGGCCCUGAGGAAAGACCUCCUGCCGCCAGAGGCGGCUGUGGCCCUGCUGGAGGCGCAGGCCGGCACCGGGCACGUCGUGGACCCCACCACGAGCGCCCGGCUGACUGUGGCGGAGGCAGUGCGUGCCGGCCUGGUGGGGCCCGAGCUGCACGAGAAGCUGCUGUUGGCUGAGAGGGCCGUGACGGGCUACAAGGACCCAUACUCGGGGCAGAAUGUGUCCCUGUUCCAGGCCCUGAAGAAGGGCCUCAUUCCCAGGGAGCAGGGCCUGCGUCUGCUGGACGCCCAGCUGUCCACUGGCGGCAUCGUGGAUCCCAGCAAGAGCCACCGAGUGCCCCUGGAUGUCGCCUAUGCCCGGGGCUACCUGGAUGAGGAGACCAAUACAGCCCUUUCCGCACCCGAGGGCGAUGCCAAGACCUACUUCGACCCCAGUGCCCAAGAGCCGGUCACCUACGGCCAGCUCCAGCAGCGGUGCCGCCCCGACCAGCUGACGGGGCUGAGCCUGCUGCCACUCUCGGAGGAGGCUGCCAGGGCCCGGCAGCAGGAGCUCUACUCCGAACUCCAGGCCCGUGAGGCCUUCCAGAAGGCCACUGUUGAUGUCCCCGUGGGCAGCUUCCAGGGCAGGACGGUGACAGUGUGGGAGCUCAUCAGCUCUGAGUACUUCUCUGCGGAGCAGCGGCGGGAGCUGCUGCGGCAGUUCCGCACGGGCAAGGUCACUGUGGAGAAGAUCAUCAAGAUCCUCAUCACCAUCGUGGAGGAGGUGGAGACUGUGCGGCGGGAGAGGCUCUCUUUCAGUGGCCUCCGCGCCCCGGUGCUGGCCAGCGAGCUCCUGGCUGCCAGGGUCCUCAGCAGGGACCAGUUUGAGCAACUCAAGGACGGCAAAAUAUCAGUCAAGGACCUGUUGGAGGUGGACUCUGUGCAUUCACUCCUCCAGGGCAGUGGCUGCCUCGCUGGCAUCUACCUAGAGGACUCCAAGGAGAAGGUGACCAUCUACGAGGCCAUGCGGCGCGGCCUGCUCAGGCCCAGCACGGCCACUCUCCUGCUCGAGGCCCAGGCAGCCACUGGCUUUCUGGUGGACCCUGUGCGGAACCAGCGCUUGUAUGUCCACGAGGCUGUGAAGGCUGGCGUGGUGGGCCCUGAGCUGCAUGAGAAACUGCUGUCAGCUGAGAAGGCUGUGACGGGUUACAAGGACCCCUACACCGGGGAGCAGAUCUCCCUGUUCCAGGCCAUGAAAAAGGGCCUGGUCCUCAGGGAGCACGGCAUCCGCCUGCUAGAGGCCCAGAUCGCUACAGGCGGCAUCAUCGACCCGGUGCACAGCCACCGCCUGCCUGUGGACGUGGCCUUCCAGCGCGGCUACUUCGACAAGGAGAUGAGCCGCAUCCUGGAGGACCCCAGCGAUGACACCAAGGGUUUCUAUGACCCCAACACACACGAGAACCUCACGUACAAGCAGCUGCUGGAGCGCUGCGUGGAGGACCCUGAGACGGGCCUGCAGCUCCUGCCACUGAAAGGGGCGGAGAAGGCAGAGGUAGUGGAGACCACGCGGGUGUACACUGAGGAGGAGACCCGGAGGGCCUUCGAGGAGACACAGAUCGACAUCCCCGGGGGCGGCAUCCACGGGGGCUCCACCAUGUCCCUGUGGGAGGUGAUGCAGUCGGACCUGAUCCCCGAGGAGCAGCGGGCCCAGCUGAUGGCUGACUUCCAGGCCGGCCGCAUGACCAAGGAGCGCAUGAUCAUCAUCAUCAUCGAGAUCAUCGAGAAGACCGAGAUCGUCCGCCAGCAGCACCUGGCUUCCUAUGACUACGUCCGCCGCCGCCUCACCGCCGAGGACCUGUAUGAGGCCCGGCUCAUAUCCCGCGAGUCCUACAGCCUGCUCCGGGAGGGCACCAGGAGCCUCCGUGAGGUGCUCGAGGCUGAGUCCGCCUGGCACUACCUCUACGGCACGGGUUGUGUGGCCGGCGUCUACCUGCCUGGAUCCAGGCAGACCCUGACCGUCUACCAGGCCCUCAAGAAGGGGCUGCUGAGUGCCGAGGUAGCCCGCCUGCUGCUGGAGGCUCAGGCGGCCACAGGCUUCCUCCUGGAUCCAGUGAAGGGCGACCGGCUGACCGUGGAUGAGGCCGUGCGAAAGGGCCUGGUGGGCCCCGAGCUGCACGACCGGCUGCUGUCGGCUGAGCGGGCUGUGACCGGCUACCGUGACCCCUACACAGAGCAAACCAUCUCGCUCUUCCAGGCCAUGAAGAAGGACCUGAUCCCCGCCGAGGAGGCCUUGCGGCUGCUGGACGCUCAGCUGGCCACCGGCGGCAUCGUGGACCCGCGCCUGGGCUUCCACCUCCCGCUGGAGGUGGCCUACCAGCGCGGCUACCUCAACAAGGACACGUACGACCAGCUGUCGGAGCCCAGCGAGGUGCGCAGCUACCUGGACCCCUCCACGGAUGAGCGCCUCAGCUACACGCAGCUGCUCCGGCGGUGCCGCCGCGAUGAGGGCAGCGGCCUGCUCCUCCUGCCGCUCUCAGACGCCCGCAAGCUGACCUUCCGCGGCCUGCGCAAGCAGAUCACAGUGGAGGAGCUGGUGCGCUCACAUGUCAUGGACGAGGCCACGGCGCUGCGGCUGCAGGAGGGCCUGACCUCCAUCGAGGAGGUCUCCAAGAACCUGCAGAAGUUCCUCGAGGGCACCAGCAGCAUCGCUGGCGUGCUCGUUGACGCCACCAAGGAGCGCCUGUCGGUGUACCAGGCCAUGAAAAAGGGCAUCAUCCGCCCGGGCACAGCCUUCGAGCUCCUGGAGGCGCAGGCAGCCACCGGCUACGUCAUCGACCCCAUCAAGGGGCUCAAGCUGACUGUGGAGGAGGCUGUGCGCAUGGGCAUCGUGGGCCCCGAGUUCAAAGACAAGCUGCUGUCGGCUGAGCGCGCCGUCACUGGCUACAAGGACCCCUACUCCGGGAAGCUCAUCUCACUCUUCCAAGCCAUGAAGAAGGGCCUGAUCCUGAAGGACCAUGGCAUCCGCCUGCUCGAGGCCCAGAUCGCCACAGGUGGAAUCAUCGACCCCGAGGAGAGCCACCGCCUGCCUGUGGACGUGGCUUACCAGCGUGGCCUCUUUGACGAGGAGAUGAAUGAGAUCCUGGCCGACCCCUCAGACGACACCAAGGGUUUCUUUGACCCCAACACAGAGGAGAACCUCACCUACCUGCAGCUGAUAGAGCGCUGCGUCACCGACCCCCAGACGGGGCUGCGGCUCCUGCCGCUAAAGGAGAAGAAGCGGGAGCGGAAGACGUCUUCCAAGUCCUCGGUGCGCAAGCGGCGUGUGGUCAUCGUGGACCCGGAGACGGGCAAGGAGAUGUCGGUGUACGAGGCCUACCGCAAGGGCCUCAUCGACCACCAGACCUACCUGGAGCUGUCCGAGCAGGAGUGCGAGUGGGAGGAGAUCACCAUCUCCUCCUCGGAUGGCGUGGUCAAGUCAAUGAUCAUUGACCGCCGCUCGGGCCGCCAGUACGACAUCGACGAGGCCAUUGCCAAGAGCCUCAUCGACCGCUCAGCGCUGGACCAGUACCGUGCUGGCACGCUCUCUAUCACCGAGUUCGCGGACAUGCUCUCGGGCAACGCCGGCGGCUUCCGGUCCCGCUCGUCCUCCGUGGGAUCCUCCUCCUCCUACCCCAUCAGCCCCGCCGUCUCCAGGCCCCAGCUGGCCUCCUGGUCUGACCCCACCGAGGAGACAGGCCCCGUGGCCGGCAUCCUGGACACAGAGACGCUGGAGAAGGUGUCCAUCACGGAGGCCAUGCACCGCAACCUGGUGGACAACAUCACUGGGCAGCGGCUGCUGGAGGCACAGGCCUGCACUGGGGGCAUCAUCGACCCCAGCACUGGCGAGCGCUUCCCCGUCACCGACGCCGUCAACAAGGGCCUGGUGGACAAGAUCAUGGUGGACCGCAUCAACUUGGCCCAGAAGGCUUUCUGCGGCUUUGAGGACCCACGCACCAAGACCAAGAUGUCAGCCGCCCAGGCCCUGAAGAAGGGCUGGCUCUACUAUGAGGCGGGGCAGCGCUUCCUUGAGGUGCAGUACCUGACGGGUGGCCUCAUCGAGCCUGAUGCGCCGGGCCGCGUGCCCCUGGAGGAUGCCCUGCAGCGCGGCACCGUGGACGCCCGCACUGCCCAGAAGCUGCGCGACGUCAGCGCAUACUCCAAGUACCUCACCUGCCCCAAGACCAAGCUCAAGAUCUCCUACAAGGACGCACUGGACCGCAGCAUGGUGGAGGAGGGCACGGGCCUGCGGCUGCUGGAGGCCGCCACCCAGUCCAGCAAGGGCUACUACAGCCCCUACAGCGUCAGUGGCUCCGGCUCCACGGCCGGCUCACGCUCCGGCUCGCGCUCCGGCUCCCGGGCCGGCUCCCGCCGCGGCAGCUUCGAUGCCACCGGCUCCGGCUUCUCCAUGACCUUCUCGUCCUCGUCCUACUCCUCCUCGGGCUACGGCCGCCGCUACGCCCCAGGGCCCACGCCCUCCCUGGGGGGCCCCGCGUCUGCGGUGGCCUGACCCCCGCCUGUACCCCGCCUCCCGCUUUGCAUGUGGCCAGGCUUCCCGCCCAGGCGCUGGGGUCUUUCUUAAGUGUUUAAAGAUGUCUUCCUCCCAAGCGGUGCCUAGAGUUUAACCAAAAAGACCAGACUAACAUAUUAAUGUAUACCUGCUGUCCCGACAGCCUCUCUCUUGGAUGGGGCCAGUCCAGCCCCACUGACCACCUCACCCCAUACCCUCCAGGUCUUUCUGCUCCUCUUUACCUGCCACUCACCACAGCCAGGUGCCUUGGAGGGUGCAGAGCUGGGUCUCCAGCUCAGCCCUCCCAUUUCCCCAGGGGGCUUCUGUCUGGGCGAGGUUCCCCCAGCCCCAGAGACCAGCCUCCCGACGUCCAGCCACCAGUCCUACCUGCUCCAGGCCUUGCUAGUGGCAGGGCUCUCAGGGCCAGCGUUUUCUCCUGUUUCCAGGACUGACCUGCUCUCUCAGUGGGCCUUGCUGGGGAGAGAAGGAAUCUUGGGUCAGCCAUCUCUUCUAGCCUGCCCAGAGAAGCCCCUUCCCCACGGGAAGGUGAGGGUCCGGUCUGCAGAACCAGCUGACCCGAGCCAGGCACCAGCCUGUUCCCAGCUCCUGUAAGACUUCGGGCUCCAUUCCCAGCCCCCAGCCACCUACACUCUCUCCCCAGACCCCAGGCCUUUGGCUUCAGCCUUCCAGCCUCAGCCCCCUAGUAAGUGCCUUCUGUGUCCCCCUUGGCACCCAGGCCCCAAGGACCCAGACCUGGGGCGGGAGACAGACCCUCCUGGUGAAAGCUCACUGCUGUCCCCGCCCCUGGGCGUCUGGGCUGGGUGUAGCGGGGCUUCUGCAGGCCUUUUCUCCCCCCUGGGCCUGUGUCCCCUGGAGCCUGUGGACCCCCACCCUGGAGUGCUGCCUGCCUGUCUCUCCCAGAACUCCUCCGCCCCUUUGCUGGGCCCAGGGCUGCCGCCUGGGCCGUCUGUGCUGACCAGGGCAGCCGAGCACGGGGCUGCUGCUCCUGCCCCACCCAGCCCCUGGCCCUGGUGGUGUCCACCCGCCCCUACCUCUGACUGAGCUUUGCAUGUCCCACUAACCCCGGCAGGCGGUGGGUGGAGGUGCCAGGCUUCCGUCUGCCUCUGUGAGGGCAGAACACUAACCUGACCAUGGUGGGCCUGCGGCGCCCACCCCAAUAAAAGCAAUUCCAACCUC